AUGGCUUCCCGGAGGCUUUUAGCCUCAAUUCUCCGUUCAUCGGCCUCCCGUAAUCGUCUCUCGAGUUCCAUAUUCUCCGCCCCGAAGCCCAGGCCUCGCGCCUCCCCCGCCGGACACUUCCUCCACCGCGUUGCUCAGUACGCCACCUCUGCCGCUGCCCAAUCAGCUCCAUCGGCGCCAUCUGAAGCUACGAGUGGUGGACCCAGUGGGAAGAUCACCGAUGAAUUCACUGGUAAAGGCGCGAUCGGGAAUGUGUGCCAAGUCAUUGGUGCUGUCGUUGACGUGAGGUUCGAUGAAGGACUUCCGCCGAUCCUGACGGCUUUGGAGGUUUUGGAUAACCAGAUCAGGUUGGUUCUGGAAGUUGCCCAGCACUUGGGUGAGAAUGUGGUUCGGUGUAUUGCUAUGGAUGGUACUGAAGGGCUCGUUCGAGGGCAGCGUGUGCUCAACACCGGCUCACCCAUCACCGUGCCUGUUGGUCGAGCCACUCUGGGCCGUAUCAUGAAUGUCAUCGGAGAGCCUAUUGACGAGAGAGGCGACAUUAAAACCGAUCACUAUUUACCAAUUCAUCGUGAAGCUCCUGCAUUUGUGGAGCAAGCAACUGAACAACAAAUUCUCGUCACUGGUAUCAAGGUCGUUGACCUUCUUGCUCCAUACCAAAGAGGAGGGAAGAUUGGGCUAUUUGGUGGUGCUGGGGUGGGAAAGACCGUACUUAUCAUGGAACUGAUCAACAACGUUGCAAAAGCUCAUGGUGGUUUCUCUGUCUUUGCUGGUGUAGGAGAACGUACUCGAGAGGGUAACGACUUGUACAGAGAAAUGAUUGAGAGUGGUGUCAUUAAGCUAGGUGAUAAGCAGGCUGAUAGUAAAUGUGCUCUAGUCUAUGGUCAAAUGAAUGAGCCCCCGGGUGCUCGUGCUCGGGUUGGACUUACUGGACUGACUGUGGCUGAACACUUCCGAGAUGCUGAAGGGCAAGAUGUGCUUCUCUUUAUUGACAACAUUUUCCGCUUUACCCAGGCUAACUCUGAAGUGUCUGCUUUGCUUGGGCGUAUCCCAUCUGCUGUCGGUUAUCAACCUACAUUGGCUACAGAUCUUGGAGGCCUUCAAGAACGUAUCACUACAACUAAGAAAGGUUCCAUUACAUCUGUCCAAGCUAUUUAUGUGCCUGCCGAUGACUUGACAGAUCCAGCUCCUGCAACCACCUUUGCUCACUUGGAUGCUACAACUGUGUUGUCAAGACAGAUUUCUGAGCUUGGCAUCUAUCCUGCUGUCGAUCCACUUGACUCAACGUCUCGUAUGCUUUCUCCUCACAUCUUGGGAGAAGAACAUUAUAACACAGCCCGUGGUGUACAAAAAGUUCUUCAGAACUACAAGAAUCUUCAAGAUAUUAUUGCCAUUCUUGGAAUGGAUGAGCUCAGUGAAGAUGACAAAUUGACUGUUGCACGUGCUAGGAAAAUUCAACGGUUCUUGAGCCAGCCUUUCCAUGUUGCAGAAGUUUUCACAGGUGCCCCUGGCAAAUACGUUGAGUUGAAGGAGAGCAUUAACAGUUUCCAGGGAGUCUUGGAUGGAAAAUAUGACGACCUUUCAGAGCAGUCGUUUUACAUGGUUGGAGGAAUCGAAGAAGUCAUUGCCAAGGCAGAGAAGAUUGCCAAGGAAUCCGCUUCUUAG